GUGGGAGGGGAAGGGGAAGAGGAAGAGGUGGAGAGAGAUUAAAAAAACAUAGGCAGAGAGAGAGAGAGAGAGAGAAGGCAAUCUAAGGACGAGUGGGGGUAAAGAGAAAAAGUUUGCAACUUUUCCUGAACAUCCUUCCCCAAGGAAGCUGGAAAAGUUUUGGGGGAACACAUGAGUUCACAGGACAACAACACUGGCGAGAAAGCUGACCAAGAGGAACAGGAUGGGAGCGUACCAAAGGAACAUUUGGAGAAUCCAAGCUCUCCAGGCGUUAGGAUCGAGGAUAUGGAACUCCGGGAAGAGUGGCAGGAUGAGGAAUUUCCAAAACCUCUUCCAGAAGACAAUGAGGCUGUGACAGAGGAUGAGCUGAAUGCCAAUACAGAUGGCAACAGACCGGUGCCGCCCAACACUUUACAACUGUGUGGGAACAAGCAUAAAAAGCGACUCCUUGCGCCAGCAAUCAGUUUGACCCUGGAAGGCGAUGGGGAGACCACACGCUCCGAGGAAAGGACUCCAGAUGAACCAGAAGGGGAUUCCUCUGAUCUAAAUUUAGAUGAAUUAGAUACUCCUUCAGAUAGUGAAUCAUUUGAGUUGCCGGAGAAUGGUAAUGAAUUUGAGUGGGAAGAUGAUCUGCCCCGGGUGUAUCGCUCGUUGUCAGACACUGAGAGUUUCCAGGGACACGUGACGGACGAGGAGACGGAAGACGGAAAGCUAUGGCGGGUCUUCCACAUCGGAGAGCAGGAAUAUCGGGUGGACAUGGCUGUUGUAGAUCCGUACAAGGCAGUCAUUUCUCACGGAGGUUGCUUUGGGGAGAGUUUAACUGCAAUCAUUGUGUUUUCCUCAUGCUAUUUGCCGGAAAGCAGUCUACCUGAUUAUGAAAGCGUGAUGGAAAAUCUCUUUAGGUAUGUUAUUGGAACUCUGGAAUUGCUGGUGGCUGAAAACUAUGUUAUUGUGUAUUUAAACGGUGCCACAACUCGCAAUAGAGUGCCAUCAAUCAGCUGGUUGAAACAGUGUUAUCAGACCAUUGACCGGAGGUUACGGAAAAACUUGAAAUCUCUGAUUGUCGUGCAUCCAUCGUGGUUCAUUAAAGUGAUAUUAGCUAUUACCCGGCCUUUUAUAAGUUCAAAAUUCAGUAGGAAAGUUCGGUUUGUAAAUAGUCUUCAGGAGCUCUCACAGUUAAUUCCCAUGCAACAUGUACAUAUUCCAGAAUGCAUUAAAACGCUGGAUGCAGAGUUAAAUGGAAAUUCAGAAAGCUCCUAGAAAUCUUCUUAUUUUUGUGAGCGUGGGGAAUUCUGCUGGAUUGCUUUCUAUCUAAUGUGGAAGAGACAUUCUUUGAGUGGCCAACGCAAGUUGACCAUGGUGCACAAAAUAUAAGAACAGCAGAGAGAUGUUCAAGACCAGUGUUGCAGACGACAUUCAACUUUGAAGUAAAUUUCCCUCCGUCACAUUCAUAACGGCGGACCUUUAAAAGAAAAAUUUCUGAAUGGACACAUGAACUUUAAUGACUCAACCAUACAGGACUGGGGGGUGAUGGGUUCAAUUCCCAGCAGGUGCUGAGUUUGUUUGAUCCAUUGGGUUUUGGGGGACAGGAAAGGGGGGUUUAGGAGAAUGAAAAACUGGCCUAGGUUUCUGUUUGCAAUCACCAGCUCGAGAUUCCAGCUAAGAGCUCGUUUGCAGAAGGUGGAUGAGGAGGGAAUUAAAACUCCUGCAGUGGUACUCAUGCUGCAAAUCUGUGCAAAGUGGGUCACCAGGGAUGGUUGGAGGAAGAUGUUGGCAGCGACAAUUAGAAUGUGUAGAGCAGGGAGUUAGGGUCCAGGAGAGAGAGUUUUAUCAGCAACCUUUGGUGUCCCCUCUCUGCCGUUUCCCAAUUGUUGACUGACCAGCAAUGGCAAUAGGUGGUGUCAACCAGCCUUGAUGUUGCCAGGGAGUGUUAUCAAGGGUCCAUUUACAAGUGAUGUUAGGAUCAAUGUCUGGGAUCUGCUUUGGGGAUGAUGGGGUCAGAGUAUGAUAGAGUGAGUGUGGAGGGCUUUUUAUUUUUGCUGUACUACCUUGUGAAGGGUGAAUGCCCUUCCUCUGUGUUUGUCUCACGGUCUUUCAAGUGGUUUUGAGGAGUGCUGGGCCAAGGGAAAACAAUCUAAUUUGAACUAAAACCAGAUGGUUGCGAGUUCAAGAUUUGUUAACUCUAUUAAUGUUUCGCUGAAUUGGAAACUUGUAUGUUGGAGGCGGGAGAGGGUUUACAUUAAGUCUGUUCCCGAGUCAAGAGACUAGUUGCGAUAUGGGUUUUUCUUUCUAUUAAAAAAGUUAAAUUAAUAUCCAAAAUAAUAUGUUUUAUAUUUUGUUGUGAGAAUUUAUAUUUCCCUUUCUUUUGGGGUUGAACCACUAAUCAUUCCAAUUUUAAUGAGACUCAAUCACCUAAUGCUUAACACAGCACUAUUACCCGGUCAACCUGGGCCAGGCGUCUGAGUGCAAGCUACCUAUCAUAUAGCACAGGGUGCAUCAGGCCAGUAGAAGGGAGUGUUUUCUUAAUAUCAAGCAAAGUGCUGCGGAUGCUGGUGAUAUGAAAUGAAAAGGAAGCGCUAGAGAAAUGCAACAGUGAUGGCCUCAGUGGAGAAAGAAACAGAGUUAAUGUUUCAAGUGUUUGGAGAAGGGGCUGGGAAAUGAUGGUACUUAUGCUACUUACAAAGGAUGAUAAGCAAUUAGAACAGAUGACGGGGGUGUGCAGAGGAAAAGGCAAAGGGACUGCUCACGAUGGUAGAGAAGUGAUAUAGAUGCAGAAUAGGUGUUAAUAGCAGAGAAUGGGUCAGCUCUGCCUAGAACAAACUCAUCCAAACAAGACACUUGGGAUGGGUGGAGAAUAAAAUCAAAAUGGAGAACCGUCUUCAAGUUCUGAAGUUGUGACCUUGAGGUAAUGAUUUAACAUAAUAAAUAGCUGAUUAGCCUAAAAGCCAUCACUUUCCAGCACCUUCAGCUCUGACAAAGAGACCUAUUGGACGCAAAAUGUUAACUCUGUUUUUCUCUCUCUCAGCUGCUGCCAAAUCUUCAGUUAGUCUUUAUUUAGGAAAUAUUCUGUCCCUGGGUAGAAGCAGGGAGAGAAGACGUGGUGUUGUUAGCUCAUCCCAGAGGGCUCCAUCACCAUUUGCUAAUUAUGGCAGUAGCAUUAACAGAAUCUGCAGAGAGUCUGAGCCCUGUCUUGGCCCCACCCCCAAAUCUUUAUUAAAAGAGCUUAUGACAAGAUGAUAGGCUUGGGGGGAGGAAAAAAGCCAUUAAUAUUUUAUAUGUAAAAAUAAUAUAUACUUUUAGAAAAUCUGGAGAAUGUUUUAUGUUGAGUAACCCCCCCACUGUCAUUUUUAUUUUACUACUUGUUUAUCUUGUUGAUUUUGAAAAUGGCACCUGAGUCUCUUAAAGAAAAAUGAAAAUGAGAGACCUCCUGAUCCAAUUAGCCUGUUCCACAUAAAUUCUGAGUUCUUAGACAUCCACUUCCUCAUCCUGAGUCUCAUACCCUUGAGGAGGCAAGGGGUACUGCAGAUGGGGCGACCUGGAAGAUACCUUUUUGACCGGUUUAGAUGGAGAAAUUUAUUUUCAGGAGACCAUUCCAGUGCCUCGUAGCCUCCUAGGCCAACCUGAUGAUCGCUGUUACCACUGGCUCCAUUCAAGUCCAGUGUCUCAAGCUGCCAAAGACCCAGGAAAAGCCAAUAGAUGGACCUGAAAACCAAGUCUCUUCUUUUAAACAAGCAGCGGGAGAUUAUUUUGAGUGAGAAAUUCUCUCUCAGCUUUUAGUACUCAAUUUGUGAGUUACAUGUAUGUAUUUCCUGGGUGUAGUUCUUCCUUCAUUACCAGCAAGUAUAUUUAAGAACAUUAAAGUAUGUUGUGCUUUUCUUUACAUAAACAUUAUUUUGUUAUUGAGAGUAUUUCUCACAUUUUAAGAAUGCACUGGAUCAGAAAGAGCUGCAUGUCAAUAUUAUAUUGCUCUAAAACUGUCUUAGUGAUUUAGAAAUUCUCUGUCAACAGAAUUAAAGAUUUGCGAUAUACUUGGAGUAAUAAACAUCACAAUUAUUAAUCUUU